AUGGAGGACCGUCAAAGGGCCGCGGCAUCCUCCUCUUCUCCUUCUUCCCUCGCUUCCCCCGCCCCCUCGUCUUCGCAGCUCAAUCUGCCGUCGUCCUCAAUGUCGCGAGGACGCCUCCUCCAGGAGAGCUCGCCGGCGCCGUCGUUUCUGCCGUCUUCAUCCUCCACUCCUCGGAUAAUUUACAGUGACAGGUUUAUUCCUAGCCGGACAGGGUCGAACUUCGCCCUAUUCGAUCUCUGCCCCCCUCCGCGCCCUUCACCGUCCACAUCUACUUCGUCCCCCCACCACUCGCCUGCUGCAGCGGGGGAGGGGAGAGGCGGCGGAAGGGAGGACGUUUCUGGGGCCUAUUCCGCUCUGCUCCGAUCCGUCCUCUUUGGCCCCGAUCACGGCGGCAUUGUCCCCCCCGCUACUCCAGACAGGGCUAUGGCCGGAAGGGUGUCUGUCUUGGCGUCUCCUCCCUCCGGGAGCGCCGGUGACUCGUCCUCCUCAGCUUCCUCCUCUUCGCCGAUGAGUCCGUUUGGGAGGAACAUCUUCAGGUUCAAGACUGAAGUGCGCAGGGUAUCCCUAUUCCCUGAUGGUCAAGAUGGAGGAUUAUCGGGCGCCAUCGCAAGUCCUCCCAAGGCCCCCAGGAAGGUCCCCCGUUCUCCUUACAAGGCGAGUUUACUCGGAAUCUCUUCCGUCCACUGCUUGACACCGCGUUCUCGUUCAGUUUUGAGAGCUCUCGCGUUGCAAUGACUGAUCUAUUCUGCUCAUUCCUAUACAGGUGCUGGAUGCGCCUGCUUUACAAGACGACUUCUACUUGAACCUCGUGGACUGGUCGCCGAACAAUAUGUUGGCCGUGGGGUUGGGAAACUGUGUGUAUCUCUGGAAUGCUUACAGCAGCAAGGCGAGACUUUCUACCAUGAAUUUCUUUAUUUUCAGCGGCUCGAACCCCUUGCAUUGUGGCAUUUGCAUAGUCUUAACGGGUUUCUGCAAAAUUUGUCCAGGUGACGACACUGUGCGACCUGGGCAUCGAUGACAGCGUCUGUUCUGUGGCCUGGGCUCAGCGUGGCACUCACUUGGCAGUGGGGACGAGCUUGGGAAAAGUGCAGGUUUGGGACCCACCCAUGCUUGAACUUCUCUCUCUGUUUGGGGUUGCAAUAAUGCCAGGAGAGUAGUUUGCGUAAUUGCUGUGAGCACUUCUGUCUAUAAAGCUUUGGCAUCUGAAGCAAUGGCUUGGGUAGAAGACGGUUUUAAUAUACGUGAACGUUUUGAAGAAACAUGGUGCAGAGAAUACUUUUCGAAGAUGGAGAGAUGCAAAUUCUAGAGAUUUUCCCUUAGUUUCUCGCAGAUUUUCUCGAGUAGUGAAGGAGUGUAGUUAAUGUUGGACCUGAAACGUCCUUAAGAUUGAGUCAUGAGUGGUGAAUGCAAGUUGAACAGAAAAAGUCAUUUGAAGACGACUGAGCAUGAUUGCCAUUGUCUGUCUGGCAAUUAAUGUUUGCUUAUCGUUGUCUGCCUGCUGGACUCUGUGAUCAUUUUUUUUUUUUCUAAACUUAAUAAUUUCUAGCAACCUUCCACUUUUGUAGAUUUGGGAUGUAUCUCCAUGUCGGAGGAUAAGGAUAAUGGAGGGCCAUCGCCUACGUGUUGGUGCCCUGGCAUGGAGUUCCUCGACCUUAUCAUCUGGGAGCAGAGACAAGAUAAUUCUUCAACGUGAUAUUCGCGCUCAAGAAGAUUUCGUCAGCAAACUCACUGGGCACAAAUCAGAGGUCAGAAUAAUCUACAUUUCGAAUGGGCUACCGGGCACAUAUCCCUUUGUUCCAUUGGGCUCUCUGUUCCUUAUGAUUUGCAGCAUAUCUUGUCAGGAAUCAUUUCUCCAUCAUUUAUUGUUAUUUUGGUUCCGUUCGAUUAUCUCUUCCUUAUCCUGGGAAAUUUACAUUAUCAGGCAUCAUUUCUCUGUCACUAAUUUAAGCACUGAACAUUUUGUGUGUUUCUGUUGCAUAUUUGCAUUUGUUUAGGUUUGUGGGUUGAAGUGGUCUUAUGACAAUCGUGAAUUGGCAUCUGGAGGGAACGACAACAGAGUAAGCUGGAACUGGUCCUAUGUUUCCUAUUUAUCUUCAGCAGUUUGUUCUCGUGAACAAAUUGGAAGGUUGGUCUUUCGUUUUUCUUAUUGCGGCUGCUGCCUUCAUUUGUCUGGACAUAGCUUUUCGUAUGGAAUCAACACUCGACACAGCCUGUGCUGAAGUACUGUGAGCACACCGCAGCUGUAAAAGCCAUCGCCUGGUCCCCUCAUUUGCAUGGUCUGCUUGCAUCUGGAGGGGGAACAGCAGACCGUUGCAUUCGUUUCUGGAAUACAACUACCAACACUCACUUAAGCUGUGUGGACACCGGCAGUCAGGUAUUUUGCCAUUUUUUCUUCGGUCCUUUUUCUAGGUUUAUCUUCUCCAAAAGCUUCCAGGGCUUAUACUAUCUGUCAAGGUUAUGACAAUGUAAAGUAAUUUAGAAUGUCUCCAUUUUGGGGUAUUAUUCAGACCCAAACUCGCAAGGAAUCUUUAUGGGAAAAUAUAUACUUUCAAUUAUGAAGUAUAAAUCAUUAGUAAAACGUUGUCAUCAAGUUGUUCAGUGAACUUAACCUGGCUUAUUAUUUGCUGGCCCAAAUUGCGGAAUAUUUGUUCUUGCACUUCUGUAAGCUGCGUUCUCUGCCAUAAAAGAGGCUUUUGUUGUGCUACUGGAAUAGGUCGCCUUGCAUCUGUGUUUAUUUCUAGAAACAUUUCUGAGUUUAAGACUUGAACUGGUGAUGAGCCCUCAUUGCAGACUUUAUUUGCCAAACAUCAGACGAGGUCUUUGGAUACUUGGGCAGGAGGUGUUUCGUUCUCCAGAGAUAUGCCAACACUAAAGAAGGUUAACUAGGAGAUUAUUUUAUUAACCUAGAGGGAAACUGAGAGAGAUGGGACCUGUUUAGAAAGGUUCUUUGGAACAUCAAUCAAUAAUGCACAGUGAAAUGUUUUAGAAAAGGUCCUUUGAUCUCUCUUGCUUCUGACAGUGAAGUCUGAGUGAGAAUUUAGCAACCCGAAAGGGAUAAUGUAAAACAGAAGAACAAAUGGCCUGGUGUCAUGGAACAAUCAUAUUUGGAUAUAGGGGAUGAGUAAAAUAUGCAUGCUCCUGAAAGUUUCCUGGUAGCCAGAAUGGUAUCUGCGGAAAUUCCAAUGAGGCAUUUUUAGUUGAAUAUUAUGAAGAAGGCGAAGCUAGCUAGUUUGUACAAUGGUUUAUCCAUGGGUUUAUCCUAAUCACAGGUUGUAUGAUCUCCGAUCAAGGGAUUCCUAAAACCUCUUGCUGACAGUGGACCGGUGUUCUUAGGAUAGUGAUGACACAAAUAGGGAUGAUGUUUGGACAAAAGUUGGUGAUGAGGAUUUUACUUGGGAUCAGGUGUACAGGUUGCAGCAACAAGAGCUGGAGGUUUGAGUCGGAUAUGGGAUGUAAGAAUGGAACUGCCGUACUGCCCCCGUGCAGUUUGAUUCUAAAGGGAACGAACUGAAGAAAGUACCUUACAGGGAAAACGAAGAUUGGCUUAGAAGUAUUCUUGGAAAAAUGAACCAUUUAGACGUUUUACAUUAGAGUACGAAAGGGCAGGGAUUAGAAUUAAAUAAAGGGAGCUCAAUUUUAUCUAGAGAACACAAUGUUUAAUUGCCAAAGGGGGAAAAUUAACCUAUAGAAAAGGUAAUAUGGAGUUGUUUGAAAACAAGGGGACUUAUCACGUCUGCGUAUAGACCCUCACUCAGUUAACCAACUUAAUUUCAGUUUUUUUUAUGUUUUUUGGACUUCUGACUUGAUAUUCUCUUACGUUUGCUGUGUACUGUUGAUCUACCGACCUGAAUAAAAUAUCCAUGCACAACAUUUCAAACAUUUUAUGUGAACAUGAGAUGUCUAUUAGGGCUAUACCGUUCUGUUUUAAGCACAUUUUGGAUGAUAUAGGAAAUCUCUUAGACUGUUGGGAUAUUUGAGUUGAGGGAACAGCGAUGUUCCAUCUCCUAGCCAACCAUCAGGAACAUACAUCCUUCUUGCACCAGUUUGGAUAUCCAUGAAACCAUAUAAUCGUGGCAAAUGAUCAACCAGUUCCAUAUCCAAGUGGUGAUGAUGGCGACAAGAUUUGUAGUUUAAAUGGCCGCAUCCCUUUUUCUCUGGCAUUUCGAGUGUCAUGGAGAUUCAUUCCUUUUGCCAUCAGGUUUCUUAACAAAAGUUGGAACUGUUGCUUUUACAUAAUGUUACUAAAGUUGGUUUUUUUGUCAUCAUGGUGGCUGACUGAUGUGCAUUUGAUGUUUACUAUGUUGAACUUAACAUCCAUAAGAAGGGGGAUUUGCCGCUGACAGAGCAUGCCUUUAUGCAUCAAGUGCUGCCCUUGUGCAUGCAUUUGCGAUCGAUUACCCCUUGUAGUUAUGAAAUGCAAGAUGAAAGCUUUAACCGAUUAGUUCUGAGGUGUUAAUGGCUAGUGAAAACUAAAAGCAACUUGGGCUAAGAGAGGACAAUUAAUUUUUCUUGAAACUUUCUCCAUUAGUCAUCAGUCUGUGACUGAAUCCAUUUGAUUCCCUCUCAGCCUGUGACUGCUGGAUUUUCUUUUCCACGAAUAGUUUGGCUCUUCUGAUGUUUACCUUCUUCAUGUAUACCGUGUUUGGUUCUUGUGGCAGCACUAUGACCUAUGGUACUCGUAUUCUCACUGCCACAGAUUUGCUAAGAAGGAUAUGUAUUUAACUGAAAUUUAUAAACUAAUUUCCUUAUCUGGUGAUGCAUUUCAUAGUUGGUGUGUUUUUAAGUUUAAAUUUAAUGGUAACAUUUUACCAUGUGAGUUCUCAUGAAAUAUUUCUGGACAUUCUUGGGAAACUAGUUGACAAAUCUCUUCUCUUGACUCACGUAGGUGUGCAAUCUAGUCUGGUCAAAGAAUGUCAAUGAACUAGUUAGCACCCAUGGCUACUCUCAGAAUCAGAUAAUUGUUUGGCGAUAUCCUUCCAUGUCGAAGGUAUUAUACCACUUGAUCAUGUUAAUUGUUAAAACAUAAGCACUUUAGAUGGGUCCAGGAACUUCUUGCUGACUCUUGCUAUGCUACAGCUUGCAACACUCAUCGGCCAUACAAUGCGAGUCCUAUACCUUGCUAUAUCUCCUGAUGGACAAGUAAACAGCUCCCUCCCACAGUUUUUUUCUUUUUUGGUGUUUUUUUUUUUUUUUUUUUUUUUGGAGGGGAAGCAAUCUUUAAUGGGAUUUUUUGCUUAAUAAUUUUCCUUUUAUUUCAGACAAUUGUGACGGGAGCUGGUGAUGAAACACUGAGAUUCUGGAAUGUCUUUCCUUCGCCUAAAUUUCAGGUAUGGGAUACAUUCAGACCCUUUGAUAUCUCGUAAUGUCUGUAGCACCCCUUCUCCUUAUGAACUUAAACCUUUUUUUCUUCGUCUUUGAAACUGCUUCAACCUUGAUGGUAUGCUCACAAGUCAUAGGAUCGCUCUUGAAUGUGUUUCUGAGAACCAUCUUGCAAUGCUUAAUCCUUGAUUCUUCAAUCUGGGUUCAAUGUUCUUUGGGUUUCUUUAAUAGCGCUAGAAAAAUCUGAUUUCAGCUUUUUGAUCAAUCUUUUUCCAUAAAACCAUGGUGAUUACAGAGCAAUGAAAGUGAUAUUGGGUCGACAUCUCUUGGAAGAACGCAGAUUCGAUAA